CGGGUGGGCUAGUGGGAUGCAGACCCCGGAUUCAGACACAGCCGAAGAGGAAAAUAAAUGUUAGAAUAUCGCGAUAUCCUACGCGAAUCUAACCGACCAAUCACCUGUCAGCUGCAACUAGCUGAAUGCACUUGGACAACAGAAGGAAGGCGUCCGGCGCCCAGCGGUGAUUUGUCUGAACCCCCACUAUCAAAAUGACGGAUAUGAGGAAAAAACCGCGGCUGAGCCAUCCUAACAGAAGCUCACAAACCAGUGUCUCCACAGGAAGUCAGACAAAUGCCACCGGACCAGACGAUCGGUUUGUGGAGGGCGCGAUACUUCACAUCGCCAUGAAAAACUUCCUGACAUACGAUUAUGCUGUGGUUCGUCCUGGACCAAACCUCAAUAUGAUUGUUGGGGCUAAUGGAACGGGCAAGUCCAGCAUUGUGUGCGCCAUCUGUCUGGGCCUGGCAGGCAAGACCUCUGUCCUUAGUAGAGGAGACAAGGUUGGCCACUAUGUGAAACAUGGAUGCAAUAAAGGAUCUAUUGAAAUUGAGCUGUUUAAGAGUGGUGGGAAUGUAGUGAUUAACCGGGAGAUCCAUAUGGAGAACAAUCAAUCUGUGUGGAUGCUGAAUGGAAAACAUUGCAACCAGAAAACAGUGGAGGAAGAGGUCAAGGCUCUGCAUAUUCAAGUCAGCAACCUUUGCCAGUUCUUGCCACAGGAAAAAGUGGGAGAAUUUGCCAAAAUGUCCAAAAUUGAGCUGCUGGAGGCAACUGAGAAGUCUGUGGGUCCACCAGAAAUGUAUGAGUAUCACUGCAAGCUCAAAACUUUUCGCACCAGGGAACGAGAAAUGGAGAAUGCUGUCAAGGAGAGGAACAGCUAUUUGGAGAAGUCCAGGCAGAGAAAUGAGAGAAACAAACACGACGUGAACCGUUAUUAUGAAAAGAAGAGGCAUCUGGAUAUCAUUGAGUUGCUGGAGAAGAAGAAACCUUGGGUGGAGUAUGAAACUAGCCUCAAGGAGCUGGAGAGUGUGAAGAAGGAGCGAGAUGAGGCUAAAAGGCAGCUUGCCGCCCUGAAGCGUGCUCAAGUGCCCUUGCUGACGAAGCUCCAGUCCAUUGAAGAGCAGCGGAAGCCCAUUGAAACACAAAUGAAGGCAAAGAAUACUGCAAUCAAAGAAGCAUCAUUGAGUUGUAAACAGAAACAGGAUCAGUUGGAUCGAAUCCACAAAGAGAUCGAACACAUAAAACAAACCUUGAAAAUGAAGCAGACAGAAGAAGAUGACCAGAGGAAACGUAUCAGCAAUGCCAAACUGACCAUCGAGGACUUGAAAGCCGAGCUGGCCAAAGUUGCCGACCAACCAGACCUGACUCCCAGGAUAAAUGCUGUCAACAAUGAGCUGAGGCAAAUUCAGGUCGACAGGGCAAAGAUGGAAGGAGAGAAGGCUGACCUUCGGAGGGAGAAGGACAACCUGUGUGCCGAGUUGAGAAUGUUGGAAAGAAAGCUCAGUGACAUGAACAACAUGAUGAACAUCAAAGAGGAGAAGCUGCGUGUACGCCACAGGGACACACACACGGCUCUGCAGUGGCUCAGACAGAACAGACACCUCUUCAGUGGAAAUGUUCAUGAGCCCAUUAUGCUUGUGAUUAACAUGAAAGAUCAUCGCUUUGCCAAGUACGUCGAGACCCACAUCUCCUUCCACGACUUGCGUGCAUUUGUUUUCCAGAGGAAAGAUGACAGAGAAAAGUUCAUGGUACAGGUCCGUGACAAAAUGAAUUUGAAGGUGAAUUCUAUUUCUGCUCCGGCUGAGUCGUGUUCCAGACAACCUCCAUCACGCAAUAUUGAGUCUUUGAGGUGUUUUGGUUUCUUCACCUUUUUGCGAGAGAUGUUUGACGCACCCGAUGAGGUGAUGAGUUACCUGUGUCAUCAGUAUAAAGUGCAUGAUGUUCCUGUGGGCAAUGAGCAGACCAAAGCCAUGAUUAGAACGGUGAUUGAGGAGCCCUACCUCAAGGUAUUGUACACAACGGAUGAGAGGUACACGGUAAGGAGGUCCUGGUACUCCAAGAGGAUCAACACGAGUAACACAGCCGUGCACCCCUCCCAGUACCUUAGCAUUACUGUAGAUGCUGAAGCCAAGCGGCAGGUGGAGCAGCAGAAAAAGGUCGCCCAGUUGAGACUACAAGACAUUGAUGAGCGGUUAAACGCUUUGCAGAAAGAAGCAUCCUCACUGGAUCGCCGUGACAACGAACUGUUAUCCGAGAAGAAGAACCUCUGUGAUUUAAAUGGCAAAAAAAGACAAUUGCAGCAGAAAUUAAGCACAAAACUGGAGAGGCUGAGACAGAUGGAGAACAGCGGAAUUGACCUGAAGAAGAUUCAGGAGGAGACAAAAGAGAAAAUUGCUGCUGCCAAUUCCCAGAAGACAUCUGUAGUUGCUGCAUUAAUGGCACAGAUGAAACUGAGAGCCAAAUUGACCAUGGAGAAGGUGUACCUGGCUUUGGGGAGUGUGGGUCUGUUGGCAGAAAAGACCAAGCUGGAGAAUGACUGUAGAGAAGGCAUGGGCGGAGUCAGAAACAUUGAUCAAAGAUGCUGCCACCUGGAGGAGAGGAAGGUCCUGCUGACAGAACGAUGCAAGAGCUUGAUGAAAAGGGCAAAAUCAAUGUGUGGGAUGCAGCCUGAUGAAGCGUUACCCCAGGACCUGCAAACUGCUUUCAGGCAGUUACCUGACACGCUGGACGAGUUGGACGCCAUGUUGAAUGAAGAACGGUCCAGGGCCGAAUGCUUUACCGGACUCAGUAAAACUGUUGUCCAGGAGUACCAAAAGCGGGAGCAGGAAAUCAAACAACUUGAACAGGAAGUGAAUGCCAAGAAUGCUGCCUUAACGGCUUUCAGACAAAAUAUAUCGGAGGCCAAAGAACGCUGGCUCAACCCCCUGAAGCGGCUUGUGGAACAAAUCAAUGACAAGUUCGGUGAUUUUUUUUGCUCCAUGCAGUGUGCAGGAGAGGUGGAUCUUCACUUCGAGAAUGAGGAAGAAUAUGACAAGUAUGGCAUCUCCAUACGGGUCAAGUUCCACAAUAGUAGCCAGUUGCAUGAGCUCACACCCUUCCAUCAGAGUGGAGGAGAGCGGAGCGUCUCCACCAUGUUGUACCUCAUGGCCCUGCAGGAACUCAACCGCUGCCCCUUCAGAGUGGUGGAUGAAAUCAACCAGGGAAUGGAUCCUGUAAAUGAGAGGAGAGUCUUUGACAUUGUUGUCCACACCGCCUGCAAGGAAACAACAUCCCAGUACUUCUUCAUAACACCCAAAUUGCUGAACAAUCUUGAAUACGCACAGGAGAUGACUGUUCUCUGCGUCCAUAAUGGCGCCCGCAUGCUUCCCCCCAACCAGUGGGACGAGGAGGCUUUUACAAGACGAUGCCUCCGAAGAAAAGCUCAGACAUGAACCCUUCGAUGUUCUACAUACAGUGGUAUGAAAAAGUUUGGGCACCCCUGGUAAUGUUCAAGAUGUUCCUUUGGAAAUGAUUGUAAAUGGUUGUUGGGAUCAUCCAUUCCAGGUAAAUAUAUCAUAUAGAAGACCAACACAGGGAUAGAUGAGAAGGGAAAUGAACUUUAUAGGAUUUACAGAAAGUCUACAAUCAUUAUUUAAACUAAAGUAGGCAGGUGGAUACAUUUGGGCACCCUUGUUGUUUUAUUGAUUAGAAUACCUUUACAACAACUGUCAUACAGCAUUCCAACCAAUCACUGUCUGCUGUCUGUCUGCUAUAUGGUAUAUUUACCUAGAAUGGAUGAUCCCGAGGCCCUACUCCAGAAAGUAACGCAUGAUGUCUUUUUGUCUUGAGAUAGUUGUUGGUAUGUAAGUGAAUUGGAGGCAAGUAAGUAAGGCAGUGUUUGUAAAAAUGGAAAAUAAACACAUUUCAUUAUUA